CAGGUGACAAAGAUUAAACUUAAUGUUAACUCAAGAUGCAACAUGGCGAUGGAUUAUAAAGAUAAAUCCGCAACACCUUUCGAUAACUUUCAGCAUGUCAUAUACGAAAACGCCGCGAUAAUAUUUGCUUACCUCAAAGGAAAUGAGAACGUCGUUCUACCAGCGUUUGACGAUGAACGGGUGAAACGACGAGCCUAUAGCCUCGCGUUUGGGGCUAAGAAAUACGAGUCCGUUUUGAACGAUAUACUACUAGACAGCUAUUUCUUUUCCAGUUUUUUCAAGCUUGGAUCAGUAUAUCGCAAUCACGUGAUGGUCAUGCUUUUGGAUUAUCAGCAAAAUGAUUUUCAAUUCGGUGAAACUCAAAGCCUCCAAACGGAAAACCAGUAUACUUUACCACAUAUAAAAGAAAUUCGAGAUGCCUUAGUUUCAUUUUAUACAAAACUUAGAGCGUCUUUAGCUCGAAACCGUAUACGCGAAACAGCACUUACUGUCGAAGACCUUCUUCCAAAGGAAGAGAGAGAAAAAAAUGAAUUCGUCUGCUAUCAACCCAUCUACGCGUAUGUCAACAAUCUGAGGACAAGCGUUAAAGAGGUGUGCAAAAUAUUAGAAGCAAGUGGUUUCGCUGAAAUCGACGUUCUUGACGAUUUUACCGCUUUUACUGGUCAUUGUUUCACUCGUGACGUACAUUUGAACGACGUUCUCAUUUUUCCUCGCGAUGUGAAAUUUGAUGUCUAUAAUCACAAAUUAGUUGAAGAAGGCCUCAUCAUUAUCCAGGACAAGUCGAUGUUUAUUGCUCCUGAAGUGAUCCGAAGUGUCCUUUUUCAAAUGUCUUUGGCCAAAGAAAAAGCCUCGGCAAUAAUCCCUGGUGAAGUAAGGCCGACGUUUAGUGACGGAGAUGAUGUCAUAAUCGUGAACUCCAAUUCAGUAAAUCUCAUCGUCAGAAUUUCGUCCUAUGUUCAUCCGGUGAGAUCGUUAAUAGUGUUUGGUGUUAAAUCUCACCAAUACGAAGAUUUGAGGGCGUCGUUGGACUAUCUUGGCGUGCAGAAUGUUGUACUGCAGGAAGAAAACUUCUUAGAUAUACUGCCAAAUGACGAGCGGUUUGCUAAAGUCCGUGUAAUCCUCUGCAACGCAAACUGCUCCAAAUCUGGCGUUGUCAGUCCUAUCGACUACGUAUUACAAGAGGGAACAUCUUGUGUGCAGGAUUUGGCAAAUAGUAUUGAGUCGAACAGACUACGUGCCCUAGUGUUAAUGCACCAACAAAGCAUUUCUCAUGCUAUGAAGUUUAACUUCGUCCGCUACAUCGUGUACGUCACCAGCUCAAUCUUCAAGUCAGAAAAUGAGGAGGUGAUAAGAAAGGUAGUCGACGCCAAUCAUUCGCAACAUCCUGAUGGUAAAAAUCACAAUCCAUUUGUGGUCACAUCCUUUCUUCCAGAUUUGACGGCGAAAUUAAGAAGAUUCAGUGCCAAAUCUGUGAGGGGAACCAACGAAGAUUCCUUGGUAAUUGACAAAGAUGCAGAAAAAUUUCUAAAAUUAAACGGCAAGAUGGGUUUGAACGGUGGCUUUGUUUGCCUUCUUCAACGCCAGAAAUUGACUGACUCCGCCAGUGAUGUUUUGGAAAGAGCUGCAAAGAAAGGUCUCAUUAAAGGUACGAAACGUAGCGUGAAAAAUGAUACAAGACGACCAAUAUCUUCGUUAAGCAAGCAUAAACCAACAAAGGAAGACGAGGAGGAACAAAUCGACAUUGGUUUAGCGAGAAAAAUUCAGGACACAAAAAAGGCAAGAGUGAAACAGGGAGGCAAAGAGCAAAAAAACGCUUCAGAUACCAGGGCCCUCAAACCAUUUCAAUUUUAACGUCAUUUCGAAAACUAUCUAUAAUUCAAACAGUAUCGACAUCAUCAUUCCUAAUGUUCACUGUUCGAAGAUUUUUUCCUUAUGUUUGCUGUGUAAUUAUCGGGUGGGAAUCUUGGUUGGAUGGAGGAACUGUUCUUCGAUGGUUUAUUCAACAAAUAUAAAUCGGCAACAGAACUAACAAACUUUACAGUAAUCAAGCUAAUAUCUAGCCAGAAAUAGCUACGAAGUCUACCAACCAAUUGAAAGCUAUCUUGGAUCGUUUCACUCUUAAACUUACGUAAUACAUUGCCUCAUGUGAGAUUGCAUUGUCCUAUGUGAGAUUGCAUUUCUCCAUUUGAGAUUGGAUUUGCCCCAUGUGAGAUUGCAUUGUCCCAUGUGAGAUUGCAUUGCCCAAUGUGAGAUUGCAUUGUCUCAUGUGAGAUUGCAUUGCCUCAUGUGAGAUUGUAUUGUCCCAUGUGAGAUUGCAUUGCCUCAUGUGAGAUUGCAUUGUCUCAUGUGAGAUUGUAUUGCCUCAUGUGAGAUUGCAUUGUCUCAUGUGAAAUUGCAUUGCCUCAUGUGAGAUUGUAUUGUCCCAUGUGAGAUUGCAUUGCCUCAUGUGAGAUUGCAUUGCCUCAUGUGAGAUUGUAUUUUCCCAUGUGAGAUUGCAUUGCUUCAUGUGAGAUUGCAUUGCUUCAUGUGAGACUGCAUUGCCUCAUGUGAGAUUGCAUUGCCUCAUGUGAGAUUGUAUUGUCCCAUGUGAGAUUGCAUUGCCUCAUAUGAGAUUGCAUUGCCGUGAUUUUGUUGUGCGACUCAGCAACUAUUACAAUACACAAAUAUGACCAAACACUGUUCUCAAGUAACCUGAAUGAACGUCUGAUAGGCGCUUGUUGUUGUUUGUAUAACCUUUUAAAUACGGGCUCUGAUUGGUUGAAUGCUAUAAAACUCCUGUGCCUACAACUGUGUUCCAUGCAAUUUUCUUCUCUCUCUUAAGCUUUUUGUCGUGUUUCAUACAAAAACAUCAAAAAUUUUUGCUAUUUCUUGACUGUUACGUAACAUAGAUCGUCAUUCAUCAUGGGAGGUACGCUUCCCAAGAAAAUCAUAUGUUUCAUGCACAUAGUUGUUGAUUGUCCAUUGGAAGCACGGCUCGUACUUGUCGGCUGAUAUGUCGACAUCUUUGACGGUAGUCAUGACAACUUCAGAGUCAAUAGUGAAGAUGAAAUGACUCGUCGUCUUUGUUGUCGUGGAAUACGUGGAAUAGGAAAUGUGUGGGUGUGCGAGCGUCUUUGUGUAUUGUUGCUGUUGACGUACGAACCAGGCAUCACAUACGACAAAGCCAACAUUGACCACUUCACUCAAAUUAAAGAUGACUACAAGAAUGUCAACACGUCAGUCAACAUUAAUGAUGUCUGUAACAUGCUCCGUCAAACACGUAAAAUUUGUCGACCCUUCCUCAAUGAACUUUACAAUCGUUCAGCCCACGCGCGUAGAUGUUUUUACACUUGCAAAUUUAUGGACAAACGCGAACAAAUCUAACAUUCUGAUGGUAAUUAGCAAUUAAAUUUUUCUUAUCAUACAAGAGUAUAUUUGUAAGUCAAUAGGAGUAUUUUAAUACAUUUUUGUGAUGUAAAUUUGGCCGAUCUCGCUUAUUCGUCGAACAUCCGAGUUAAAAACUCCAUCACGAACUGUGGCUUGCCUUCGGCAUUUCACGUUGUGUUGUAAUAAAGAACAUAAAAGUCACCCCACAAGACGUGGAGGCUAGAACGAUUGAAACGCAUGAAGUAUUUCCAUAAUUAAUUGCUUUUGAAAAAAUUAACAUUCUUAAAUUAUUAAAAUUGCAACAUUCGCAACAAGUGGUUUCUUAUUUCCGUCAAAAUAUUAACAGAUAUGGGCGAAAGUUGAAGUCAAUAUGUGGCGUUUUUUUACUUUUAAGAGGCAUUACAAAUUGAAGUGCUUCGUAGUGUUUUUAUUAGUGUGCGGUUUUCUUAAAUACUCGCUCUUUACGUGGCACGAUGAGGAGGAUCCUUCUACAAGCGCUAAUCUAUACUCCACGAAGGAUGGGGAGUUCUCAACAAACUACAAGUACCAAGACAACUACUAUCUAGUGACAGCCAUAGGAUCGGGAGAAUUCAACUGGUUAUUAAAUUUUAUCGAUGCACUGACUGCGCAGUCACGAAAUUCCGAAUUCCAGUUUAUAAUAUGGACUUUAGACCUUCGUCAAUGUGAACAAGAAUUCCUCUUGAAUCUAAAGAGGCCUUUCAGUGUCCAGCUGAACCGUUUUCCGUAUCAUUUUCACGAAUUACACAUAAGGCAAUACCAUUUAACUGCGAUAAGACCAAUAGUGUUAUCGUUAACAUCAGCCACAUACGGUGAAGUUAUUUGGAUUGAACCUGGAACUGAGCUUACGUUUUCAUUGGAAAAAUUUCAAACGUAUCUCGGAAAUGAAGGAUUUGUUGUUGGUAGUACCCAUGCACAACUCUCAAAGAGGCAAUGUUUGGCAAAUGUCAUCGGGGUGAACAAGUUUAAGCGCUCUUCGUUUCUUGGCGAAUGGCUAGUAUGCGUUAAAAACAAAUCAUGUAUAGAAAAGGCGAUAAGUGAAUCAAAAUACAAGCCUGAACCUGGUGUGGAUAUUUUGCUCGAUAUUAUAAGACAAAAAAAUCGCAUCCCUUGCUCUGCAUUACAGUCAUUUGCGUGGGACGGAGUAAAACAUUCGACAUCAGCAACUCUUGAUCAAUGGAAAAAUAAACACGAAAAAUUAUGUCAGCGGCAGGUUUGCGUAUUAUCAGGUAGCCAUCGAACUAACGAUUGCAUGGCUUCCCAACUGGAUCGACUUCGCCAAAAUAAAGUAAGUUAUGCAAGGCGUCAUAACUAUAGAUAUAUAGAAGACACGUUCGGUUUUCAUCGUGAAGGACCGUGUCGCCGAGUUUGGAACAAGAUACACGCCAUUCUUAAGUACUUACCUGACUGCAAGAUGCUAAUGUGGAUUGACACCGAUGCGAUAUUUGUAAACAUGGAAAAAUCGCUGGAGUCUUUUAUGGAACCAUAUCCAGAAAUAGAACUUAUUUUUACUUGGUAUAAAAAAGAAGCAAUGUUGAAUGCAGGCGUCUUUCUCGUUCGCGGUUCUCCUCUCGUGCGAGAGUUCUUUGUCAAUGUAACCGCUGGCUAUGCAUGGACAAGAAAUCAUUGUAUAUAUUCCCGAUUCGAACAGGCGGCCAUAAACGACCAAUUGAACAGUGGUACCGUCGAUGGAAAGUAUUUGUACGAAAGAACUAAUGCAAUGCAAAAUUUAUGUGGGUUCGGUAACAGGGAAUGUUUACCGACAGAAACAGACUUCAUUUUGCACUUGGCACCUCUGUCGUGUCCGUAUUUGGGAGAUAUAAUAAAAAAAUUCUUUGACAAAAAUCCACAACUUCACUGAAAAAUUUAAUUUUGAGCAACUGUCUUUUUCUUUACAAAAUAUGAAUGAAAGAAAUCUAUUAUUUAAGUAUAAAAUUAUGUGAAAGUUAUAAGGCAUGACAUGAGCCUUAAAACUCUUUGGAAUCUGCUCAUUUGCCUGCAACUCUCUUAUUAGAGGAUGUUUAUAAAUUACACAAAUAGUAUUUAUUGUCCGUGGGGUAGCCAGUCCGCAUGCAGGUUUUUGUCAUGCUAUGUAUAUUUCUCAGCAAAAUAUCAUCGUUCACUUCUUGAAAAA